AUGUAUUCUUCCGACGAAGAAUAUGCUACGAACUACUUAAGCCUUUCCGCUUCUUUUCUUGACAGCGAAAACGUGGACAAAGAAAAUGUCCUUUUGGGUGACUAUAACGGCACUUCAUCGAAUAGUCAAGGCAAUGAGCCGUCGAGCAGUCAAAUUAACAGGAACAGUUCACGCAAACGCCGUAUGGGCACUGAAAGUUUUCCAUCAGCAUCUUGUGGCUUGCAGCCACAAACGAUACCCUCUUCUUGUACAUCUUCCACAGGGGCCUUAAAGCGAGUACUGGAGGAAAACACUCUGUCGCUUGCGAAGUUAGGGAGAGUUGUGCGCCAAUUUGACAUCACUGUCGAAAAUGAGGUGAUAAAAUACAUCUAUGUUCUGCUGAAAGUGAUGGAAAUACUCAUGUGGUUCAAGGAGAUGCUCACAUCCAAGAUAAGCGACAUAAAAAUCAACAUGCAGCAUGUGAAAAAUAUGCAGACAAGCGUCGAAACACUUCCAAGUUCAUCUGACUCGGUCGUCCGAGCUCUAACUUCUGUCGUGAGGGAGCAAAUGAAUACCAUCGCAGGAUUGUCUUUGACAGUGAACGCCCUUUUAUCGAAGUUGAGAGAACAAGAUAGGGAGUUGAGGAGGACUAAUUUCCACGUUGCGAAGAAUAAGGAGGAUACGUUGCCAAAGGGUUAUUCAUUGCAGAGAAAAAAUAUAUCCAGGGUCUGGCAUCUUGAAAGUGCACCUCCCUUCAAGGUCAUUUGGAGAUUACUCUCAGUCUAUAAGGAAGAAAGUAUUGAUUUUAGGAGAUGA